CCAGCAGGCAACCAGACCUGGCAACCUGUGGACGCAAUCUGUGUCAAUUGCUAGGCGACGUAAAGGGAAUAAAGGCCGUAGCCUAUUUCUGACUGGGGGCUUAUUUUUAACGUGUGACUCUGCGGCCUCACUUACUGACGUGGCGGGUUGAUAAUUAUUUAUUUUCUAGUUUGUCUGCGCGUUUCUGUCCACGCUGGUGGCGUGUUACCCUAUUGUAGUGAUCUUUUUCUUUAUAAUGACAGGUGUUCAAGGUAAAACGCCGAUAGGAUGACGCCUUUCUCUUCGGUUACUCGACGCAAAAUGUGCAUCAGGGAGGUUUGUGUCUUUGUUUUCGUCUUUUUUAUUGAAUAGUCAUCGUAGGAAGAAAGAAAAACAGCGGAGCGGCUACCUGAGCCAGAAUGAGGAUAAUUUCCUAAAACAGUCAUUAAUGGUUGAUGAUAAUUAAUCCUCAGAGGAGGGAAAUUAGCCGCGCGGGUCGUUUGGUGGAAUGGUGUGAUGUGGCGUCGGAGUUCACAGUGAACAGCAGGCUGCAGACAGAUUACCAGGGGAGGAGGGCUGCGUGUCUGGCAGAUAAAGAUGGUGUUUCGGAGUGAAGAGAUGUGCUUGGCGCAAUUGUUCCUGCAGUCCGGCUCGGAAUAUGACUGCAUUAGUGAGCUCGGAGAACUGGGGCUGGUCGAGUUUCGAGAUCUCAACCCCAGUGUCAGCUCUUUCCAGCGGCGCUUUGUCAGCGAAAUCAAGAGGUGCGAAGAGAUGGAGAGGAUUCUGGGUUAUCUUCUGAGGGAGAUUCACAAGGCUAGAAUAGCUGUUCCAGAGGAGGAUGAAAGCCCCCUGGCUCCUCCACCCAGACAAGUCCUUGAGAUCAUGGAGCAGCUUCAGAGGCUGGAGAUGGAGCUCAGUGAGGUGGCGAAAAACAAGGAAAAGCUUCAGCGGAAUCUCCUGGAGCUCACCGAAUACACACACAUGCUGAAGAUCACUCAGACCUUCAUCCACAGCCGCUCCCGGUAUGAAGAGUUCCCCACCAUGGAAACGGACUCUGCUGGAGGAUGCACUGGUAUGCAGAGGCUGGGAGCCAAGCUGGGGUUCAUUUCCGGUCUCAUCCAGCGGGUGAAGGUGGAGGCCUUCGAGCGCAUGUUGUGGAGAGUGUGUAAAGGUUACACCAUCCUCAGCUACGCAGAAGUGGAUGAGAGCCUUACUGAUCUCGACACGGGCGAAAUAGGCAAAAGUGUGGUGUUUCUCAUCUCCUUCUGGGGGGACCAGAUUGGACAGAAAGUUCAGAAGAUCUGCGACUGUUACCACUGCCACCUAUAUCCUCACCCUGAGAAUGACGAGGAGAGAGCAGAUGUUCUGGACAGCUUAAGAACCCGGAUCCAAGACCUCAACAAUGUGCUUCAUCGCACUGAAGAUUACUUGAGGCAGGUUCUGCAGAAAGCGUCGGAGUCGGCCUUCAGCUGGGUCGUGCAGGUGAAAAAGAUGAAAGCGAUCUAUCACAUCCUCAACCUCUGCAGCUUUGACGUCACCAACAAGUGUCUGAUUGCUGAGGUGUGGUGCCCCAUCAGUGAUUUAGCAAAGCUAAGAGGAGCUCUGGAAGAAGGUUCGAGAAAAGGGGACGCCACUGUGCCCUCGUUUGUGAAUCGCAUCCCUUGCACUGAUACUCCACCUACCCUGUUAAGAAGCAACAAGUUCACAUCUGGGUUUCAGAGCAUUGUGGAAGCUUAUGGGGUGGGGGAUUAUCGUGAGGUAAGCCCAGCUCCCUACACCAUCAUCACAUUCCCCUUCCUGUUUGCUGUAAUGUUUGGUGACCUCGGUCACGGGAUCGUAAUGAGCCUCUUCGCCCUGUGGAUGGUGUUGACGGAGAAGAAGCAGAACAAGAAGCGGUCCAAUAACGAGAUAUGGACCACAUUUUUCAAUGGACGCUACAUCAUCCUGAUGAUGGGGCUUUUUUCUGUCUACACCGGACUCAUUUACAACGACUGUUUCUCCAAGUCUUUGAACAUAUUUGGCUCUGGGUGGAGCAUUAAGGCGAUGUUCACGAACCAGCAAUGGACAAACAAAACACUCCAAAAUAAUGCUUUGCUCACAAUGGACCCUAAUGUCAGUGGUGUCUUUAAUGGACCUUAUCCCUUUGGCAUCGAUCCUAUAUGGAACAUGGCGGUGAACCGGCUGUCCUUCCUCAAUUCGUACAAGAUGAAGAUGUCUGUCAUCGUUGGAGUCAUUCACAUGAGCUUCGGUGUGGUGCUGAGUGUCUUUAACCACCUGCACUUUAAACAAAAAUUUAAUGUCUACCUGCUGUUCCUCCCGGAGCUUCUCUUCCUGCUGUGUCUCUUUGGCUACCUGGUCUUCAUGAUUUUCUACAAGUGGUUGGCAUUCAGUGCGCGAGAGUCCAACCGGGCUCCCAGCAUCCUCAUCCACUUCAUCAACAUGUUCAUCAUGCAGGGAAAGGACAUCACUCCUCUGUACCCGGGACAGACCGGGCUGCAGAUAUUCCUGCUUUUGGUAGCUAUGCUCUCCGUACCUGUACUGCUGUUAGGAAAGCCGCUCUACUUGUACUGGCUUUACCGGGGAGGCAAAGGUCUGCGGAGACGCAGAGGUUACGAGAGGGUGAGGCGCGCAAGCGAGGACAACUCCAUCACUCCAUCCUAUGACGAUGAUGAAGAGGAGGGAUUUGACGAAGUGAGCAACAGAGAGCCUCUCCCCAAACAGUUCGACUUUGCAGACGUGUGUCUGCACCAGGCCAUCCACACCAUCGAAUUCUGCCUGGGCUGCAUUUCCAACACCGCCUCCUACCUGCGGCUCUGGGCUCUCAGCUUAGCUCACGCUCAGCUGUCAGAGGUCCUGUGGGCCAUGGUGAUGCGUCUGGGCUUUAAGAUCACCACAAAAGUCGGGGUGGUGUUUCUGGUCCCGGUGUUUGGCCUCUUUGCCACACUUACUGUGUCCAUCCUGCUCGUCAUGGAAGGCUUGUCAGCAUUCCUGCACGCUCUCCGGCUUCAUUGGGUGGAGUUUCAGAAUAAGUUCUACCAUGGGACCGGUGUCAAGUUUGUACCAUUCGACUUCUCCCUCCUGCCGUCUGUUUUCGAGCAGGAAGGCCUCCUUUAAGCUCUCUGAUGCAGGAGCAGACUUUGAACACGGGAAAGCACGCCGGCGAAUCGGACAUUUGACACUGUGAUAAUGACAACGAACCUUCAACCGAAGCUCAUUUCUUGUAGCAACUUUUUCACCUUGCUGGUUUUUAAAUGUUAAGCUGACUGCCUUACUGUUGUACCCAGCAAACCUCUGGAGAGGCCUAAAGUUUUCCUUCUAUGAAUUAUUUAUCUAUUGGGUCAGGAUUUCUUAAUACUUCUACUAUUCAUACCAGUUGGGGUGUAUUUAAACAUUUUAUUUGCAUUGUGCUGUGUAAGCGGAUUUUUUUUUUCUUUUACCACAUGGCAUUUAAACAGUUAAAUUUUAAAGCCAAGUGAAAACAUCCCCAAGCUUUCUGACGUAGUGCCAUACAAAAAUUAUUUCUGAUUACGAGGAUGACUCACUUUUAUUUCCCCCCUCGUCUUUUAAAAGAAAGAAAAGCUGCAGGCAUUGAAUUCACAGAUAUGUCGAGCCUUUUUUUUAUUUUUGGGACAUACUUUCACAAAGCACUUUGCAGAAAUGAUUGUAGAAUUAAUGUUUUCACUGACUUAUAAUGCCAAAUGAAAAAAAAAGCAAAGAAAAAAAAAUCAACAAUUUGCUUGUUUACUUUUUGAUGCAUUUAUUGUACCUAAUCUUCCAUGUAACUGACUGGAAAACAUCAAGUACUUUAGAGUAGCUUAAGACGCCUUAGCUGUUUGAUUUCACCGCUAGUGGUGUUUAUUAAUGAUAUUCCAUGGUAUUUAUUUCAGCUGUCCGUACAAGAGUCAAAUAUUUUACCAUUCUCCAGUGUUAAAUAAAGUUUUGAGUAAUGCAAGCAAGUUAAAA